CAAGCAAUAAAUCUGAUUUAAACCCUGGGAUCUCAUCCCUCCUAUUAGGGUUUCAUAAACCCUUUUCUAUUUAAGGUUGUUUCUUGGUUCAUGUCCCUCUAAACCAUCCACACUUUCAAAAAAUCUCUUUUUUUUCUUCAUUAAUGGAGAAAUGCAUUAACACUUUCUCUUUACUCGACGACGAAGAGGAUGAUAACAUCGACAGUCUUGUUGAUCGCAUGGUCAAAAAAGUCAAUGGCGUCAAACCUUUGGAAUUUGUCCAAAAUGAGGUUGAUCGUAAGGAAGGAGAUCAAAGUCGUAUGAAUGGAAAUCGUGGAAAUAGCCAGGACGGUGAGAAUAGGAAAAGUGAAGUGAAUGAGGUCACCGGAGAUGAUCAAGUUCAAACUGAACAAAUUGAAGAUGGUUGGACGGCUGUUUCGAGGAGUAAUGGGAAGGGACACGUUAACAAGGUAGAUUUGAAGCAGAACAACAGGAAUAAGGAGCGGAGUAAUGGUGCUGAUAGGAGAGUUUAUGGACAGAGGAAAUACAAUCGUCGGAGUUGGGGUAAUGGCAGUGAAAGGAGAGGUUCAUAUGAGGAUCCUUCUCGUGGUAAUGUUGCCUCAGUUAGGAGGAGGAGGUCUACCUCUACUAACAGAGGUUAUGGCGGUGAGAAUAGAGGUAAGGGUGAUCAAACUCAAGGUAAUGAUGGGCGGAGAAAUUAUUACAGACAUGAGAAUAAGGGUUAUGCUGGCGAGAGAGGUUAUGAUGGGAAUCAGGUUAAUGGUGGUGCUUCUGUUAAGCUAAAUGGGAAUUUGGGUGUUAUUGAAGAUGACAAAUUCAGAGGUGAAGAAAGGAGAUACAGAAAUGGGUAUAGGAAUUAUGAUGAAGAGAGGAGAGGUUAUGGUGGUUACAGGGGAAGAGGUAGACAUGAGUACCGAAGAACCGUUAAUGGUGACUUGAAGAAUAUUGGGAUUGCCGGAGGUGCUGACCAUAUCAAUGGUUCUGGAAAGGAAGGUGCUUUGGUUGAGAUCAAUGAUGAGCUAAAGGAGAAAGCAAAUGAGCAGAAAAAUGAGGAGUCGUCCCUGACAAAGAAUCAGGUUAAGCAGUUGAAUGGGAAGAAGAAGAAAGAGGAAGCUGUGCUCAUGACUCUUGCUGAAUAUAAAAAAAUUCUCUUAGAGAAGAGGAAGGCGCUCGAGUCUAAGAAAAUGCAAGAGAGGAGAGUUGCUAUUGACAAGGACUUAGAAGGAAUGCGAGUUGUCGAGAAGAAACCAGACGAUUCUGAUUAUAAAUGGGCUCAGGCAAGCAAGACAAAUCUUAAGGCAAAUGAAGUUAAUGAUACCAAUACCAAGAAAUCCAAGGAGGAAACAAUGACAGUAGACUGUGAGAAGGAAAAGAGCCGUAAAUUUGUGACUUUAAAAACCGAUGACUUAUUCAAGUCAGCAUAUCAACGACCUAGGAGUUUUGGUGGACGUGAUGACCAUGGUAACCAUAGGGUUGGGGCAAAUGAAGUUAGUGUUCAGACAAACGGUCAUGUUGCUGCUCGUGGUCCUGCACGUGCAGCUGUAUCUGCUUCUUGCAACGUUCCAACUGACAUUGAUUUUCCUUCGUUGGGCGCUGCUCCGAAUACUACCUAGACUCAUCCUCCUGCCUCUGCUCAACUUGGUUCGUGCUCUGCUUACUACCUUUGAACCUAACUUUUUCUAGUUAGAUUUCUUUGCUUGGCUUCUAGCCUUCAGCAACUGCAUUUUUGGAACUUGGAAGGUUUUCUUGAGGAGAGUGUUAUUAGUUUGUUUAUAUUUGCGUUUAUAUUCUCUUAAGAGUUUUUAGGAGUAUUACUUCUAUUUUAUUUCUCUUACAGUUUAUUUUCUACAAUUUUCCUUUUCAACUUGUGA